AUGUCUGGCUGUCCAGCAAGUGGAACGGUCGUUUUCGCUGACAAACUUCAAACUUCAGUGCGUCAUGACUGGACAGAGCCUACCGCCUUCGAUCCGGAACAGGGGAAUCUAGAUGUCCAUCUUGUUUUCGGCAAAAAACCUGGUGCUGAGUUUAACAGAGGAUUUCAUUCAAUCUCAUAUGAAGCAACCGAUAAUGGAGGCCAGAAAGCUAUCUGUUCCUUCACUUUUGAAGUAAAAGUUAUAUCGUGCCAGCCUAUUGCCUGGCCAUCACAUGGAGCAGUGAAUUGUUCUGCUGGAGAGUUUAUUUACGGAUCAACCUGUCAGGUAAACUGUUUGACAGGUUAUGAAAUGGUACCUAUGACAAGUUCUGGAAGCCAGACUAUUAGCUGUACUGCAAGUGGUCAAGUAGAUUCUACACCAAACACGUGUCAAGUUAUCAAAUGCCCGUGGAAUGAUACAAAGCUUCAAACAGAACAUGGUUAUAUUAACUGUACUAAUGAAAACACAUUCAACAGUCUGUGUGUCACCAAGUGCAAAAGUGGCUAUGGUCACGUGACAGGAAAUAGUACUGUAUGUAAUGAAGACAAAACCUGGUCCAAUAAAAUAUCAACUUGCAAAGAUGUUCAACCUCCAUCUCUGAAAAACUGCCCAGCAAAUAUUGUCACUUAUUCCAAUAAAAAUAGCCAGUCGGACCCUGUUGUGUGGGCCACACCAUUUGCCGAAGACAAUUCUGGAACGUCAUUUGUCAAUCAAACAAAAGGACCGCCCAGUGGAACUCUGUUCCCGGUGGGGAUUACAGAGGUUCGAUAUGUAGCAUUUGAUUUGGAUGGAAAUGCCUCGCCAGAAUGUACUUUCUUUGUGACCGUGGAAGAAAACCCUUGUGAUCCUCUCCCCGCACCACUUAAUGGCGCUAUUGUUUGUGACACGUGGUUGUAUGGUCGUCAUUGCCAAAUGCAGUGUUCCAGUAAAUACGACAUUCCUUUCGGGACCGCUGGAACAAACGGUGGGUCGUUCACCGGUGCUUUUACUUGUACUGAUCGUCAAGGGACAUUCAUGCCUUCAAACUUUGUACCAAACUGCACAGUUCGAAAGAAUCCAACAAGAACAGGUGUCCUGGGCGAGUUUUUCUACUAUAAUUAUACUGGUGACUGUAACGAUGACAGUGUUCUGACAGAAAUCAAAGGCAAUUUUAUUAAGCACAUGCAAAAGAAGGAAGUGAGUGGAUUUGGAGGGGUGUGUCCCUCCCAGACUGAGUGUAACGUUGACAACACAGUUGUUACGUGUGGUCAGACACGAGUAAAGAAAAGUACACAUGAUAUGGAGCGUGAAAGGCACGGUUUAAGGAAAAGAAGCACUCAUGAGAUACGUGUCGAAUUUACACUGACAACCUCCUGGCACAACUUUAACUCAUCCAAUGGAGACACAUUCUACUUCCUUGAAGACAUACAAACUAAAAUGUUUAAUGUUAUUAAACAACUAGGAAGCUACGGCAAUCUAACAGUGAGAGGUCUUUCACCUGAUAUUAAUAGUUUCCAGCUUGGAUACAGUGACCCGUUCUGUCCCAAUGGAACAGCAAUUCGCUGGAGUACUUUGACUUGUGUGCCUUGUUCUGUUGGUAAUUAUUUGGACACCGCGGAUCCAUGGAGACCUGGCUGUCGUGAUUGUCCAUUAGGUACUUAUAAGGACACUGAGGAGGCCAUUUCAUGUACACAAUGUCCGGCAGGAACUUCUACUCUGAGUUAUGCCUCAACUAGCUUUGAUGAUUGUAUAGACAAGUGUAAGCCAGGUCAGUAUUCAGGUACAGGCCUUGUUCCCUGUGUACCUUGUCCACGAUCCACUUACCAGUCUCAGUCUAUGGCUACAUCUUGCUUAGCGUGUCCCCCUGGAAAAACCUCGUCAUCCGGAAGUGUAUCUAUUACUGACUGCAAAGGUAUUAUGUUAUCUGGAUAUCACAUAUUAAGUGGUGUUUCUACUGAUUCUGAAAUAGCACAGUAUGCAUCAACCUGUCAUGUCACGCUGCAAUCUCUGACCAAUCUAACAACAGAUGUUGUAAAACGGGCCGCCAUAGCUGUGCCCAGUCUCUGUGAUGCUUCAGAUCAAUGCAGUCCUAAUCCAUGUAAUGGGCAUCCCUGUUUAGAUGGCGUAAAUAGUUUUGUGUGUAAAUGUACAAAUGGAUACACAGGUGAAAAAUGUCAAAUCAAGCCGGAUUUUUGUUCCGGAACUCCUUGCAAAAAUUUUGGCACCUGUCAAAGCAAUGAAUUUAAUUUUACCUGUAUCUGUCCAUCUGGAUAUCGUGGAGAAAGAUGUGAAACUAAAAUAGUAAAUGGUGGUUGGAGUGAAUGGACCGAGUAUACGGCAUGUUCAGCUUCCUGUAAUGGCGGCACAAAGUCGAGAACUCGAGAGUGCAAUAGCCCGUCUCCAGAUCCAGACGGUAUACCCUGUAAUCCACAGUUUUCUUCAGAGACCAUAUCAUGCAAUACGGAUCAAUGUCCUGUGUGUCCCUUGUUUCCAAAAUCAUUUGGAACGUUAUCAAACUGUACGACUAAACAAGACGGAAACAUUGUGUGCUCCCUUUCUUGUCGACAUGGUUUGAUCUUCUCAGAAACAAAUCUACCUUUAUCAGAGUACAAGUGUGGUCCAGAUACUGCUUAUAAAUGGAAUGGUAUUCCCCCAGCAUGCGGUCGCGGAUACGGUCCUCAGAAGAUAAUAGUAACGUCCAAAGUAUCUUACCAUCAAAUCCUUCCCUGUGAUGAAAGUGCCACUGUCUCUCAAGCUUUGAAAAACAACCUGCAAAGUGGUUUGCAAUGUGUACUCAACAACAUCUGCGAUGUACAAGUUGAUAUACUGGGUUGUUCGUCAAUCGGGCGUAAAAGGAGAUCAUCCACUGGUGAAAUAGUGUUGACUCUCUCGGUUACAUUCCUAAACACUGACAUUGAUUUGGCGUCUUAUCAAUCCUACCAAAAUACAAGUCAACCUUUGGCGGAACUGAUAACUGCAAUGGAGGAGAUAGAGGCUUCUUCUAGACAGCUCAACUCUACCUUCAGUUUGUUCACUUUCCUGGCCAAUGGAAUAACGUUUUCUUCCUCCUCUGUGUCAUUAUCCAACCUCGUUCAAUGUGAAAACAGUUUGGGAACUUCUGGAAGUCUUUGUGUGGAGUGUCCAAGCGGAACUUACCUGUCAUCCAGGAUUUGUCAGGUAUGUCCUAUAGGGACUUAUCAAGACGUGUCUGGUAAAACAUCCUGUAAAAAUUGUCCAAGUGGUUAUACCACAAAUUAUGUUGCUAGUCAGGAUUCGUCCGCUUGUUCAGUACCAAGCACAGAUACAUCCUCCAUGAAUAAAGAAAGGAACGGAAGUGAGGACGGAUAUGAAGGGAACAACACUCUUCUAAUCGUUUGUGUUAGCGCCACUUUAUGUAUGAUUGUAUUAGUGGCAUCAUUUGUCAUCUUUUUCAUCUACAGACAUAUCAAAAGGUCUCAAAUGAAAAACGAACAAAUGGGAACCUGGGCGAGUCGGAGUAUAGUUGGUUGCAAACAGAGUCCACCCCCUCCUUACACUGCCUGGGCCGAGAAGAAAUUUUAA